AUGUAUGUACCUUCUUUUCAGGAAUGCGAUUUCACUAAAAAGAGGAGCGAUACAUACCUCCGUGUUGUUUACAUGGGAAACACGCGCAUUACAGGAUGCUCAAGCUGCUGUAGGAGGUGGUACUUCACUUUCAACGACGUAGAGUGUCGCGCACCCGCCACUAUUGAUGGUCUGGUGUAUCAAAGUACCAAUAUUAACAUCCAUCGCUCGUCCAAUAUUGAAGGGUACUGUGGUGGAAUAGCUUCUGGAAAGGUCCGAGUUGGUUUUCACGUUGGGAAUUGCAAGGCUUAUCCUAAAUCUGCUGAUGCACUAACAAGCUGGAAUGCAAUAAGCAGAAUCAUCAUUGAAGAAGUUGAACCUCCGGUUCUUUAAGUGUCUUCUUCUCGCCGAAACUAUUUUUUUUCGUAUGUUUUUAGAACAGAGUUAAUUCUGAAAUAUCAAUAAUAUAGUAACCAUGCUUCUUAAGAAUAUUAACAAGGAAAGAGUGGAGUUUGUUUGUUUGUUUGUUUUUUAAAAUUUUGAUAUACCCUUUUUAUGUAUUAGUUUUUUGGCGCUCUCGUAAUGAUGCUAGUAUCUCAUUCCAAAUCUUAGCUCUUCUUCUUGAAAAAGCUCUCUUUUAAAUUUCUAGUUUAGUUUGUUAAUAUAAAAGUUAUUCGAUGACUGAUGAGGAAGAGCGAGCGUUUAUAAGAAAAAGGUACCGGUAGUGUCGCUAAGAAGGUUUAAAAUAUUAUACGAUUAAAAAAUAGGCUGCUUUAAAAACGAGCGGAUUUGUGAUAAAGAAAAUCUAGUGCUCAAGAAGGAUUUACUCGCAAUGCCUCUUACUGUAAGUCUAUAAGUUAUAUAGGGCAAUAUUAAGGAUGGAUAGAUGCACAGUAGAGUAUAGUAUUUGGUGGCGAAAAGUGCCCAAGUUUUGCAAUAAUGCCAACAGAUCUAGUUAUUUUUACCGCAAUGUGUAUAUGAUAUUUCCAGCUUAAGUUGCAGUCUAUACGCCACCAAGAUAUUUCACAUUCACGGUUAACUAGUUCUCUCAGUUCAUUAUGAAUCAUAUAUCACAAAUUUUGGUUGAAGCACUAGUCUCUUUUAAUAAGGUUGGAAAAUAACAGAAUAAGAGUUAAUCUGUUCGCUGUGAGCCGGUUAACAAUGUAUGUGCCUUACAAAGUUCACAGACAACGCCGAUUUCAAGAAAUUCAUUGUCUUUAUCAGCAUAGGGUAUAUUUGUAUAAUCUGCUAAGAGGUAUAAAUUUAAUUUAUCCAAGUAGCGCUGUGUGUCGUUUACGUAAAAUUAAAAAGCAGUGGUUCUAGGGCAGAACCCUGAGGCACAGCACUGGGACACAGGUAAUUGCAGCCUUGUUAGAAAUAUGAAAUUUAAUUUCUGUUGUUUACAUUCGGUUAUUUACAUUUUUUAAUAAGAGGAAAACCAAUCAGUAAUUAUUCCACGUAAGUCAGAAUGGUCCAAUUUGUACUCCUUGGAGAACAGAAACGUUUAAAUGUGUCAUAAGAGGCUGGUUUAUAAUGUCACUUACCUAGUUUCGACUCAUCUUUUCCCUCCCUGAUAGUUUAUUUUUCCAGAGUGAGAGCGAAUGACUUAAAAUAAUACCUUUUCUGAAUAGAAAAAAUGCGAAUUUUGAACAAUAUAGCUAUCAAAAAAUUGGUUACCAUCCUAACGUCAACGCUGACGUGCACUUGACGUCGGACUUAAAACAUUCCCAGAUGAAUUUUAUGAAGUCGACAAGUUUAGCGGUCAUAGCUUGAACGGUUUUUUUAUUCAACUUUUUCGUAAGGGGUGCCUCGAAAGCCCUCCCGGUCUGAACAGGGUUAAGUAAUUGGAAUCAAAAGAAAAUAGCCCUUGAAAGAAUUGGAAUAACGCAAGCUAGCAUGCAAUGCACGAUCGAGUUCUCUUCGUUUUGUCACCCUGGUAACCACCUCAUUUGGAGCUAUUUCUACUCUUCCCAAUCCUCCUCUCAUUUCAAAAUCAGAGAAGGUCGUACCAGCAAUACGAAAAAAAGUUUUCACUAAGUUGAAAAUUACGCAAGCUUCCCAAGCUAACUGUAAGCCUUCGUAUCGUCUCAAGAGAUCAAGGUUGUUCUUACGGUUCGUACAGAGUCUUGAAUUCUUGAAAAAGUCUUGAAAUUUGACUAGAAAUUUUCCAAAACUAGAUAAAGUCUACAUUUAGAGAAAACGUGUGGAAAAAAUGGUAAAAAGUUGGAGUUUUUAUUUAAAGCUACAACAAAUGCUUUAUGAGUGACAUUUUUUUCCUUUUGGUCAAAUCUUAUUCAAUUCGGUCUAAUGUGUGCAUAGUACCAAGAAAAAGCUUUUUUUCUGCUUUUUUAAAAGUCUCUAUUGAUCACCUAUUUGAUAACAUUGAGUCUGGAAAAAGAAAUUAUUGUUUUGGAACAAAAGUCUUGAAAUUUAGUUCCAAAAAUCUCUACGAACCCUGGGUUCUAUUAUGACUAUUAAAAGUUGCCAUAACUACCAAACUGUCGGCCUUGGCUAAUUCUGAGCCCUCAAGGCAUGGCCCCAUUUCUUGACGAGCCCUGAAUUAUUUGAUUGCUGCCACAAGUACCAAACAUUAAAGCCCUUUUGAAGGCCUCUUUGAACUGCGAAUUCAUUAUCCCGUAUAUCAAUGGAUUUACUAAACUGCUUGUAAACAUAAGGUAAACAGCUGCCGUACAAACCUCCCUAGGGAUAACGCACCCAGCGGUCUCAAAAAUCACAGCAACAGAAAUUGGUGCCCAUGUCAACAGAAAUACACAAACGACGGUAAAACAGGUUUUCAAGAGUCUUAUAUCAGUUUCAGGACGUGCCGAUGAGGCCGCGCAAUCUUGAAUGCCGUGGGCAUUUAUAUUUCGACUGCUUUCUUUAAGAGUCUUACAAAUCUUGUAGUAGCAGUAUAAGAUUGAAACUGUUGUCCCGUUGAUCACUACGCCCACGGUAACUAUGGUAUAUGAAAUAUUCUCGAUUUUCCAAUUAGAAGAACAGACCGAACAUGAAGGGUUGUAUAUCAUCAUACCCCAGCCGUACAAUGGCGGUGUUGCAAGAAGAAUAGAAGCUAUCCAUGCGAUGGCACAGUACAAUCGUGCCAUUCUCUUGCUAGAGUAAACCUUGUUGUACAGCGCUGGUUUGACGACUCAGAAAUAUCGGUUAAAGGCGAUAAGUCCCAUAGUCAGGAUAGAAGCAUUUCCCAACGUAGACUGAAUUACAGCUUGAACCUCGCACCACUUCUCGCUAAAAAUCCAAGUUCCUGUAUACAGGCUUGUUACCCAAAAGGGCAUGUGCAGCUAUGCCAUGGAAAUGUCAGUCAAUGCCAAGUUGUGUAUGAAUACAUUCGUUAAGCUCUUGAGUCUGGAGUCUUUAUGGACAACAUAAACGACUAAUAAAUUGCCGAGGAAGGAGGUGAGGCAAAUGAGAAUGAUUAUCACUUUCGGUCAAACGAAAUGUAUUUUUGUAACUACUAAGGUGAAGGCUUUAAUAUCCCAGAAUAUAAGAGAAAUUAAUUUUUUGAUCCAAAAUCACUGGUCGGUUUUUACGGAGACACGCUCUUAAAAGCUAAAACCUUACGGGUAAGCUAAAAGGAUAUCUGUUUCAAAAAAACAAAACUAUGGGAAGAGCUGGUCGUCCUAACGGCAAAAUUUAAAAAGCCACGAAGCAAAAAGAAGAAACAAGAAGUAAUCAAGAAAAUGGUAUAUUGUGUCAAAAUGUCAAUACUCGAAUCCUUUUUAUAUAAUUUUAUUCUUAUUAUUAUUCUUUUUCUCUAGUGUGUAUCUGUAGUGUGGAGUUUAAACUGCUCAGUAUUAUCGUCUGUACGAAACGCAUUGUUCAACUGCGUGCAGGUUUUUGUACUCCCGCACAGUUGUUAUCGAAGAUAAUGUAACUUAAAUUUAAAAAUAAACUUUACCGAGUCAUCUUUGUUCAAACCGGAUUAACUUCCUUAAAAUGCACAUGGACUGUGUGCAGAACGCUAAGCCCCGUCCUGAUAAGUAAUUAUCCACUGACUGAGUCGUUUGGUUUACUUCAAAUACACAAGAUUUUGCAUCCGCUCUGUUAGAAAAUUUCAACUGCAACUAGGUGUGAUAACAUCACUGUUAACUUUAUCGCAAGCUUUCGAUAAUCACGUCUAUUUGAAUAAAAGGUAUUCAUCAAAAUGUUUAAAGGACACUGAAAAUUACAAUAAAAUGGCUUCGGGGAGUUUGAGAAUAUCUCUGUUUAUAUUACAUGUAAAUUAUAAACUCGGUCACCAAGCACUCUUCUCAUCAAUGUAAUUAUGGUUAGGAUGGCUGUUUUUCUUAGUAAUAAUGAGCAGAUCUUCCUUUUGUUGUUUGAAAUAAUGAUCUCUCAAGUAUUUAAGCCCUCAGGAACUUUACAAUGUUAAAAAUGUUCCUUAAAUUCGGCAAACUCAGCCGCAGUUUUCUCAUAUUUGUUUGUCCUCUCGGCGAGAAUUCCCCGCAUGAGCCUCGCAUUCAUGAUCAAGGCCUACUCGUCCCAGGACUGUCGGAGAAUACGAAUACUGUCUAUUGGGCGCGAGAUGGGCUGAAGGUUGUGAUGGUUUUUAUGCCGUUAUGUGUUUAAUAAGUAGUUAUGUAUUAAGGUAUUUAUGUAUUUUCUUUUAUUGGCUUUCCUCUUUCUAAGAUAUUGAGAUAGUUUAGCUUAGCUUACGGCUUUACCUUGAAUUCAGUUUCCCAACUUGCACCCUUUUUUGCUGUUACUUAUUAUGACCUCGGAUAAGCUAAUAAUUAGCACCAUCAUCAUGAUUGCCAUCGUCAUCAGUAUAAUCUAGAAUGAUCCUCUCUUGUCAAGAAACAACUAUAAUGAGACCCCGCCUUAACAGCCACCUCGGUAAUACGGUCAGCUGUUAAUACGGCCAACGGCCACGUUUUUUAAAAAUCCGAAACAAUAGACAAUUUCAUCCCGUUAAUACGGCCACUCGUUAGAAAUCUACAAAAUUAAAAUGCCCGUUACAUGUCAAUUUCAUUGACCCCAGUAACCUGAGACUAUUCUUGUAUUGUUUUUUGACUACAGUCAGUGGCGCCCACUUAUUUUUAGACCAAACUGAGGCCCAAAGGUCUAGAUCCGCCACUGACAGUACACUUGAAAAGCAUUUGUGGCGGCUUAUUAAAACCCGAUUUUUAAAUUGCUCUAUGUACUGAAGGAAAGUUGUAAGUAGUUUAUACAAUUACUGUACCCGAACUCUACAUUCGCCUUGUUUAUUGGAGAAAACAGUGCCUCAAGAAGUGCGAAUGCGGUGUAUGGUGUAUUUGUCGUAUACAGGCCCAAAAGUCUUCAAAAUUUAACUCUGUCCCAGUCAUACCGCCACACCUUUACAGCUAGCUGUUCCGCAUAACACACGACCUGUGAUGUCAAACACGUCUUUGGGUUUGGGGUUUUUCUGCGACGUCAAUCGGUAAAAUGUAGAGGCUCGGAGCCUAACUUUUCCCGCUCUGUGCAUUGUCGAUCGGAAGGAUUUGUUCUUUGAUGUUCUGUUGUGUGAUGCAAACUUUCCACGUUUUACAAUGUAGCUCUCAGUUUUAUUUUCUUUUUUAUCAUUAUUAUCUUCUUACUUAAACAUGGCAAGUUUAGACUCUCAAGGUGGAGAAAACUGCAAAAAUGGUUCCUGUAGAGCUUCCAAAUCAAGAAGAUACACUGAUAUGGGUUGGUACGUUUAACGACGACUUACAUACUCUGAUAAUGAAAUCUGAUAUGUAUGUACCUUCUUUUCAGGAAUGCGAUUUCACUAAAAAGAGGAGCGAUACAUACCUCCGUGUUGUUUACAUGGGAAACACGCGCAUUACAGGAUGCUCAAGCUGCUGUAAGAGGUGGUACUUCACUUUCAACGACGUAGAGUGUCGCGCACCCGCCACUAUUGAUGGUCUGGUGUAUCAAAGUACCAAUAUUAACAUCCAUCGCUCGGCCAAUAUUGAAGGGUACUGUGGUGGAAUAGCUUCUGGAAAGGUCCGAGUUGGUUUUCACGUUGGGAAUUGCAAGGCUUAUCCUAAAUCUGUUGAUGCACUAACAAGCUGGAAUGCAAUAAGCAGAAUCAUCAUUGAAGAAGUUGAACCUCCGGUUCUUUAA